GGCUGCGCAGUGUCCGCCAUUGAGGACCCACAAUCAGAAGGAAAGGGUCAGAAAUCGCUUCGAUAGGCAAUGGUUGCACGUUUCCUUCAUUCUUGAAUCCAAACUUUGCCAACAUUCUUUCAUUAAACACGACACCUACUGUCUAAUAAUAAUAGUAUCUAAUAGUCGUUUUAAUUCAUGGAUAGCAGAUUUAGAUAUUUUAUAGCAAUUUGAAGUAACCUUCAUAUCUAACGUUAGUCCGCUGUUAAGCUUACGAGUGAGGUUAGCUAGCUAGCUACCUGGCUAGCUUUAGCUACACGAACUGAGCCUUGCUCUGGGGCAGUGUGUCUGCAGUGUCGUUUGAUGGAUCCAAGAAUCGCUUGGUUUCAGCCAGAACAACGAGGGCCAGCCAACAGCCUGUGGAUGCAGAUUUGGGAAACAACACAAGGACUGGGGAAUCUGUACUUCAAUAACAACUGUAACACGGGUAGUUUGUCUAGCACGUCAAGCCUCAGUACGAAAUCGAACAUCAACGGGACAUUGGGUAACGUGAUCUCGAACAAGAACGGAGCUGUCACUAACAGCGAACCCAGGAACAAGGGAAUGUCCAACUCAACGAAAGACAUAGAUGUGGUCGAACAACGAGACUUUAUUCCGUUGGAAGCUAAUAACAACCACAACAACCGUUCAUCGUUGGGGAGGGGCAGCGGAGGGGGGCAAGUGGGCUCUGGGGUCUCAGGACACCCCAACAAAAGGAAAAGAGACAACAAGGCUAGCACUUAUGGAUUCAACAGUAGCCUCGAGACCGGAGGCUGUGGUUACACGGGAACACCGUGGAAAGUCAAGAACUACUCUGAAGGAAUCUUGGGGUAA